AUGAGCGCCGUUGGCUGGGACUCGGUGUUUAAAAUGGCCGAGUCGUGAAGGAACUCCGGCUUUCAAUUAAAAAGAGAGAUUCUGGGGUUAAUUUUUCAGAGGAAGGGAAGAGCGAGGCUGUGUCACGGUGGGGUGUUUUUUUUUUUUUACACAGUACCGGAACACCAUGUCCCUGUUCCAGUCGGCGCUGGGCUUUCUGGCCGGUACCGGUUCCGCCGCCGCCAGUCGGGAUCAGCACGACUUCGUGGGUCAGGUGGUGGAGCUCGGAGACACCAAACUCCGCAUCAGGAGGGUCAUCGCUGAGGGCGGCUAUGCAUUUGUGUAUGAAGCUCAGGACCUGGGUAACAGCAGAGACUAUGCUCUCAAGAGACUUUUGUCCAAUGAGGAAGAGAAGAACAAGGCCAUCAUCCAGGAAGUCUGCUUCAUGAAAAAGCUAUCUGGUCACCCCAACGUGGUUCAGUUCUGCUCUGCAGCGUCCAUCAGUAAAGAGGAGUCUGACACGGGCCAGGCCGAGUUCCUCAUCCUCACUGAGCUCUGCAAGGGUCAGCUAGUAGACUUUGUGAAGAAGGUGGAGCUGAAGGGACCCAUGUCAUGUGACACGGUGCUGAAGAUCUUCUACCAGUCGUGUCGUGCCGUUCAGCACAUGCACAAACAGAAACCACCAAUCAUCCACCGGGACCUGAAGAUUGAGAAUCUGCUGAUCAGCCAGCAGGGGACGAUAAAGCUGUGUGACUUUGGCAGCGCCACCACUGUCACACACUACCCCGACUACAGCUGGAGCGCACACAAGAGGUCCAUGGUGGAGGACGAGAUCACCAGAAACACGACGCCAGCGUACAGGACUCCGGAGAUGAUUGACCUCUAUUCCAACUUCCCCAUCAAUGAGAAACAGGACAUAUGGGCUCUGGGCUGUAUCCUGUACCUGCUGUGUUUUAAACAGCACCCGUUUGAGGAUGGCGCGAAGCUCAGCAUCGUUAACGGCAAAUACAGCAUUCCAGAGAACGAGAGCCGCUACGCCGUCUUCCACCAGCUCAUCCACUCCAUGCUGAAGGUGAACCCUGAGGAGCGCUUGUCCAUCACUGAGCUGGUCAAUCAGCUUCAGGAAAUUGCAGCUGCCCGUAACAUCAACCCUAAAUCCCCCAUUACUGAGCUGCUGGAACAGAACGGAGGAUUCGGCAGCAACGCUGCACCACUGCUCACACACACCAACAACACACAGCCCGCAGGUGUGUAUGGUGCUGACCCUGAGCAGGGGAUGGGGGGCUUCCUGGACAUCCUCAAAGGAGGAACAGAACGCUUCCUCACCAACAUCAAAGACACAUCCUCCAAAGUUAUACAGUCUGUGGCCAGCUAUGCUAAAGGAGAUCUGGACCUGUCCUACAUCACUUCCAGAAUAGCAGUCAUGUCGUUCCCAGCUGAAGGGGUGGAGUCAGCUAUUAAGAACAACAUUGAGGAUGUGCGUCUGUAUCUGGACUCUCGGCACGCAGGUCACUACGCUGUGUAUAACCUGUCCAGACGCUUGUACAGACCGAGCCGCUUCCACAACCGGGUGAGGGAGUGUGGUUGGCAGGUACGUCGUGCUCCCACACUGACGAGUCUCUACAGUGUGUGUAAGAGCAUGCACCAGUGGCUCAAACAGGACCAGAGGAACAUCUGCAUCAUACACUGCUUAGAUGGGCGUGCGGCGUCGGCUGUAGCAGUGUGUUCGUUCCUGUGUUUCUGUCGUCUCUUCUCCACAGCUGAGGCUGCAGUGUACAUGUUCAGCAUGAAGCGCUGUCCACCGGGUAUCACACCCUCACACAAAAGGUAUAUAGAGUACAUGUGUGACAUGAUGGCGGAGGAGCCCAUAAUCCCCCACAGCAAGCCCAUAAUGCUCCGCUCCAUCGUCAUGACGCCCGUGCCACUCUUCAACAAGCAGAGAAACGGCUGCCGGCCCUUCUGUGAGGUCUACGUCGGAGACGAGCGAGUCGCCACCACCUCGCAGGAAUAUGACAGGAUGAGGGACUUUAAGAUCGAGGAUGGCAGAGCUGAGAUUCCCCUCAACGUGUUGGUGCAGGGUGAUGUGCUGGUUAUCAUCUACCAUGCUCGCGCGACACUCGGGGGACGCCUUCAGGCCAAGAUGGCCUCCAUGAAGAUGUUCCAGAUUCAGUUCCACACUGGUUUUGUUCCUCAAAAUGCCACAACCGUCAAAUUCGCCAAGUAUGAUCUGGAUGCAUGUGACAUCCAGGAGAAAUACCCCGACCUUUUCCAAGUGAACCUGGAUGUGGAGGUAGAGCCUCGUGAUCACCCUGCCCACAAGACUCCACCCUGGGAGAACUUCUCCACUAAAGGCCUCAAUCCCAAGAUCCUAUUCUCCAGCCGAGACGAGCAGCAGGAGAUCCUGGCCAAGUUUGGGAAGCCAGAACUUCCUCGGCAGCCAGGUUCUACUGUGUUCUAUGACUCGGGCUGUGCAGAGCCAGAACAUUCUCCUGAAGAACGGAGUGCAGACUCUCCCUCACCUCCCAGCACCAGCACAGACUCCAACGCUAACAACUUCUUCCAGACCCUGGACUGGGAGGAAGUGGGCGAGCCGCACCAUCACACUGACGGUGUGUGUGGACCAGUGGAUGAGCAGGACGAUCUGAGUGGCGGCGAAUCGGGUGAGGAAUCGGUCUCCUACUCCGCCCCUGCAGAGGGAACCCUAUCCCGUGAUGCGAGCGAGCCUCUGUUUGAGGUGGAGUUCACGACCUCUGACCCCCAGCCUGACACGGAGGAUCUGCUAGGCCUGAACUCUGACCCCUGCCCUCCAGCCGUCGCCCCAGAAACAGGAAUGAAGAAUUGCUCCAGUAACAGUGAUUUGCUGAACAAUCUGUUUGGCUCCACCCCUGGCCCUGCCCAUACAGGGGAGACGGAUGAUCUGUUCUUCAGCAACACGCCCAGCCAGCCUUCAGCUGACCCUGAUAGCCCCAACACAGCUGACUCCACUUCUACUGCCCCCAAAGUCGAUGACCUCUUCGACCCGUUUGGUGUGGGGUCAGGGGUCACGGGUGGAACAGACCCGUUUGGUGACCUGCUCAGGUCAGAGGGCGGCGGUCUCAAAGCUCCACCUCCUGCCACCAACUCCAGCCUCUUCGACCUCAAUAAGCUCACGGGGGAUGUGCCCAAGAUGACCUCAUCAGCGAGUCAGCCUGAUUUAUUGGGUGGCUGGGAAAGCUGGACCACCAGAACCUCUGGCACUGCAGCUAGCAUGUCUGCUAAUGCUAAAAAACCCACCUUCACUGCUCCAGGUGUGUCCUCAUCAUUCUCGAAGGCUAAGUCUCAGAGCUUUGACCCCUUUGCUGACCUUGGUAACCUGGGCUCCACUCUGCCAGGCUCCUCUAGCAGUGGUUUCUCAGGUUCUGGAUUUAAAGCAGCGCCCUCUGCUGGAACAUCAAAGAGCUCGAGUCAGUCAUGGCAGCAGGCCACAUCUGGACCUGCUAAUAAACCCUGGGCCCCUCCAAGUUCUGCCCCUAAACCCAGCACCGCCCAAUCAGCAAAGCCCAACUACAACCUCAACUUUAGUGUGAUUGGAGGGCGAGGGGAGCGAGGAAUCAGGGGGCCAGGAUUCGGUCCGAAGCCCAGGGUGAAGGAGGAUGAUUUUGAAGAUUUGUUAUCCACUCAGGGAUUCGCCUCCAAACUGGAUAAAAGGGGCGGACCACGCACCAUUGCUGAGAUGAGGAAACAGGAAAUGAGUAGAGGGAUGGAUCCACUCAAACUACAGAUUUUGGACUGGAUUGAGGGGAAGGAGCGGAAUAUCCGCGCUCUGCUCUCCACAUUACACACGGUGCUGUGGGAGGGAGAGACGCGCUGGAAACCCGUCAGUAUGGCCGACCUGCUCACACCUGACCAGGUGAAGAAGUUCUACAGGAAAGCAGCGCUCAUCGUCCAUCCUGACAAGGCGGCGGGGCAGCCGUAUGAGCAGUACGCCAAGAUGAUCUUCAUGGAGCUGAAUGAUGCCUGGUCCGAGUUCGAGAACCAAGGAUCUAAAGCGCUGUUCUGAGAGACGAUACUGCACACGCACGCGUCCCUCUCAGGAACCGGAGGGAGAGAGACUUCAGAAUAAACACGCAUCUCUAUAAACCCAACAUGCCUUUAAACAGCGAGACAGACAGCAGAGUGGACCUGUCUGUCUCUCAGUGAAAGGACAGACAGUUGGAAGAGGAAAUUCUCACCUGCGCUCACGUACGUGUGUGUGUGUGUGUGUGUGUGUGUGUGUGUGUGUUGGUUGUAUGACUAAGGCAACAAAAGUGAAAGGAGUGUCACUUAUUGAUUUCCCCCGCCCCUUUGUCAUCUCUUUCUGGUAUUUGUUACUUACCAAUUGUGUGUUCAGGUGUGUCACUCCACGUGGGUUGAAUGUGUUUAUGAACAGCUCGUAAGUCUUAUUUAUUGUUCAUGAGGCUGCAUACAAGCUGCUGAUGUCACACCUGAAGAAAAGAAGUGUGUGUGUGGUUAAAAUCAUUCCAAAGCAUCUACAGACGUGAAUGUGCUUUAUAUAAAAGUUCUUAUCAGCUGGAAUGUACCAUGACGUCCCUCCUUGUCUAUACUUUCAUUUCAUUUCCCUCAUUGUUCAGGGAUGCACUGAAUCAAGGUCUGAGGGAGAGAAAAAAAUCAGUGGAUUAAAUUAAAGGACCCCAUUCUGAUCUGCUCCAUUGUGUUUAGUUCACUAACGAUCAUUUAAUACUCAAUUACCAGCAAACUGUCCUUAAAGCAACACGCGGAGCUGCUUCAGAGCUCUGAUCCUGAGGCGUCCCUCACUUUCUUUUCUCCCCAAAAAUGACCAAAUAUUAAUCUGUACGUCAAGUGUGAAAGAGAGAAAAUGGACUUUUUUUUUUUUUUUCAUAAAUCAUUAUUUAACCGGUUUAUAAAAGAGGACUGAUUCCAGAUUUUAGCUUGUGGCUUACAAUAUUUUGGAUGAAACUAAUGUUUGGAAAAAACCCGAGUAGUGAUGAAGGACUUGUGCAGUAUUUGUGGUGUUGGAGACGCUGAUCAUGACCCUGUGUAUGCUGAGGAGUAAAGAGUGAUGAAUGGUGUGUUAGAUCAUUUCCAGCUGCCAGUAGCACAGAGACCCGGCACACUAACCAGCAGCGUGGAGACAGAAUCGGCUCUACAAACUGUCACCAUCCUCACACUGCGGAGAGCAUCCCAGUAGGGGCUGGACUUAAUGUUUAAUAGUUAACCUAUAAUUUAAACCCUUCUUUUCCAAAGUUAAAUCAGUGUGUUCCAGGAUGUCAGUGUGUUUAGAAAAAAAAAAACUUUAUCUGCCCAGUUCGUCGACAUCCUCACACUGGAAAUGAAGGAAUCAAUUCAUGUUAACGCACUUGUCUGUAUUUACAACCUCUCGGAUCAUUUGAUGAAGCUUUUUAAUGAUGACACUAUAAACCAUGAUUUAAGGGGAAAUCUAACAAAAGUUUAUCGGAGCACAGCUGCUGGUGUGUGUGUGUGUGUGUGUGUGUAUUCAGAGGCAGUGAUCACGUGGAGAAGGGAAAAAAAACAACCAAGUGGUGUUGAGAGAUCACAUAUCUACAGCGUGGACGCAACGCUGGUUGGAAGCCUGUGGUGGUAAAAAAACAUCUUCAUAUAUAAAAAAAAAAGGGAAAUUUAAGGUUGUGAUUAAAGUGAUGAUUGCUCUCAGUGUUCUUGUUCGUUAUUUUUCCAUCAUGUGUGUAAAAUAAUGCUCUAUUUUGGUAAAAACAUACCUCUUUAUAUUUUAGGGUUUCUUUUUUUUUCCCCCCACAGCCUUAUCUCUUAGUUUCUUAUUAUUUUCUUAAAUCCGUUUUACUAAAGACUGAGCUACAUGAUCUGCCUGUUCUUCUUCUUUUGGAUUGUAUGAAAAAUAAACCACAGUCACCAUGUAGAUAAGCCUG